GGAGGGGGCGCCCGCGCCGCCAUAUUCGCUCCCGCCGGCCAGCCCCGCGGCGCGCAGCCACCAUGAGCACCGCCGCCUUCCACAUCUCCAGCCUCCUGGAGAAGAUGACGUCCAGCGACAAGGACUUCAGGUUCAUGGCCACCAGUGACCUGAUGUCGGAGCUGCAGAAGGACUCCAUCCAGCUGGAUGAGGACAGCGAGCGGAAGGUGGUGAAGAUGCUGCUCAGGCUGCUGGAGGACAAGAACGGUGAGGUGCAGAACCUGGCCGUCAAGUGCCUGGGUCCUCUGGUGGGCAAAGUGAAGGAGUACCAGGUGGAGACCAUCGUGGAUGCCCUCUGUGCCAACAUGCGGUCAGAUAAGGAGCAACUCCGAGACAUCGCUGGCAUUGGCCUCAAGACUGUCCUGUCGGAGCUCCCUCCUGCAGCUACAGGCUCUGGCCUGGCUACCAACGUGUGCCGGAAGAUCACUGGCCAGCUCACCAGUGCCAUCGCCCAGCAGGAGGAUGUGGCUGUGCAGCUGGAAGCCCUGGACAUCCUCUCUGAUAUGCUGAGCAGGCUGGGCGCCCCUCUGGGUGCCUUCCACGCCAGCCUCCUGCACUGUCUGCUGCCGCAGCUGAGCAGCCCACGCCUGGCCGUGCGCAAGCGGGCAGUCGGGGCACUGGGCCACCUGGCGGCCGCCUGCAGCACCGACCUCUUCGUGGAGCUCGCGGACCACCUGCUGGAUCGGCUGCCCGGCCCGCGCGCACCCGCCAGCCCCGUCGCCAUCCGCACUCUGAUCCAAUGUCUGGGUAGCGUCGGCCGGCAGGCAGGCCACCGCCUCGGCGCCCACCUGGACCGCCUGGUGCCCCUGGUGGAGGAGUUCUGCAACCUGGAUGACGAUGAGCUCCGGGAGUCCUGCCUCCAGGCCUUUGAGGCCUUCCUGAGGAAGUGCCCCAAGGAGAUGGGUCCUCACGUGCCCAGCGUGACCAGCCUCUGCCUCCAGUACAUGAAGCAUGACCCGAACUAUAACUACGACAGUGACGGGGAUGAAGAGCAGAUGGAGACAGAAGAUAAUGAAUUCAGUGAGCAAGAGAGUGAGGACGAGUACAGUGAUGAUGAUGACAUGAGCUGGAAGGUGCGCCGGGCCGCGGCCAAGUGCAUGGCAGCCUUGAUUGGCUCUCGGCCCGACCUGCUGCCUGACUUCCACGGCACCCUGGCGCCUGCGCUCAUCUGCCGCUUCAAGGAACGCGAGGAGAACGUCAAGGCUGAUGUCUUCGGGGCUUACAUUGUGCUGCUGCGGCAGACGCGACCCCCGAAGGGGUGGCUGGAGUCCAUGGAGGAGCCCACCCAAACGGGCAGCAACCUCCACGCGCUGCGCGGCCAGGUGCCUCUUGUGCUCAAGGCCCUGCAGCGGCAGCUUAAGGACCGGAGCGUCAGGGCCCGCCAGGGCUGCUUCAGCCUCCUCACCGAGCUGGCGGGCGUCCUCCCUGGCAGCCUGGCAGAGCACAUGCCCGUGCUGGUGGCAGGCAUUGUCUUCUCUCUGGUGGACCGUUCCAGCUCUUCAACUAUCCGGAUGGACGCCCUGGCCUUCCUACAGGGGCUGCUGGGCACAGAGCCAGCCGAGGCCUUCCACCCACAUCUGCCGACUCUCCUGCCACCCGUGAUGGCCUGCGUGGCUGACCCUUUCUACAAGAUCGCGGCCGAGGCCCUGCUGGUGCUCCAGGAGCUGGUGCGGGCCCUGUGGCCCCUGGACAGGCCUCGGACGCUGGACCCCGAACCAUACGUUGGAGAGAUGUCUGCGGCCACUCUGGCACGGCUCCGUGCCACUGACCUGGACCAGGAGGUGAAGGAGCGUGCCAUCACCUGCAUGGGCCACCUCGUGGCCCACCUGGGUGACCGGCUCGGGGACGACCUAGGGCCGUCACUGUUGCUCCUCCUGGACCGCCUGCGGAAUGAGAUCACCCGGCUGCCUGCUGUCAAGGCGCUGACGCUGGUGGCCGUGUCCCCGUUGCGGCUCGACCUGCAGCCCGUCGUGGCUGAGGCACUGCCCGUUCUGGCUUCGUUCCUGCGGAAGAACCAGCGGGCACUGCGGCUGGCCACGCUGGCCGCCCUGGACGCGCUGGCCCAGAGCCAGGGACUUAGCCUCCCGCCGGGUGCCAUGCAGACUGUGCUGGCCGAGCUGCCUGCCCUGGUCAGUGAGAGCGACAUGCAUGUGGCCCAGCUGGCCGUGGACUUCCUUGCCACGGUGACCCAGGCCCAGCCGGCCUCUAUGGCCAAGGUCAGCGGCCCCGUGCUCUCGGAGCUGCUGCGGUUGCUGUGCUCGCCCCUGUUGCCCGCUGGCGUGCUGGCCGCUGCCGAAGGCUUCCUGCAGGCCCUGGUGGGGACCCGCCCCCCGUGCGUGGACUACGAGGGGCUCGUCCGCAUGCUCACGGCACCUGUCUAUGACCAGGCUGCGGAGGGCGGGCCAGGCUUGCACAAGCAGGUGUUUCACUCUCUGGCUCACUGUGUGGCAGCCCUCGCGGCCGCCUGUCCCCAGGAGGCGGCAGGCACGGCAAACCGCCUGGUCUGCGAUGCCAGGUCACCCCACUCCAGCACAGGGGUCAAGGUCCUGGCGUUCCUGUCGCUGGCCGAGGUGGGCCAGGUGGCCGGGCCAGGCCCCCAGCGGGAGCUGAAGGCAGUGCUCCUGGAAGCCUUGGGGUCACCCAGUGAGGACGUGAGGGCGGCCGCGUCCUAUGCGCUGGGCCGCGUGGGCGCCGGGAACCUGCCCGACUUCCUGCCCUUCCUGCUGGGGCAGAUCGAGGCUGAGCCCCGGCGGCAGUACCUGCUGCUGCACUCGCUCAGGGAGGCCCUGGGGGCCGCCCAGCCCGACAGCCUGAAGCCCUAUGCUGAGGACAUCUGGGCCCUGCUCUUCCAACGCUGUGAGGGCGCCGAGGAGGGCACCCGGGGGGUGGUGGCUGAGUGCAUCGGCAAGCUGGUCCUCGUGAACCCUCCGUUCCUCCUGCCCCGAUUCCGGAAGCAGCUCGCUGCAGGUAGGGGCACAGGUGUGGGCAAAGGCAGUCCAGAUCGGAAGUAGGCAGUUUGC